AUGCUGUCCGAUCACGGUCAGAACGACGCACCAUCUAGAGACCCAGCAUCCGAUCUCAUUGGGCCAUCAACCGCACAGCCAACAUCCCCAAAUCUCUUGGCACCUCAGCUCCACGAUUCUGUUUCAUCCCUGCCUCCGACCAACUCCGUCCGUCGACCAGCGCCAUCGCCAGCUCAAAGCCCUGAGCCCAGACCAACCUCUCGUUUCACCGCUACUCUCUCUGCCACCGCAGACCAGAAGAGGCAGUCUGCUUACAAGAGGGCACGCACCGUUAGUCCCAUCAUCGACGAGAACAGCAGUGACAUCGAGAACGAACACAUAUCAACACGCUCUCAGUCUGCCAGCGAUCUGGGCGAACCCGACAUUUUCGAAACCGCUGCGUCCACGCAGCCGACUCCUCUCCGUCAGAGCAUUUCGUCGGCUGAUCUGCUCAACGCAUCGCAGAUCAUGUCAAAGUCCGACCAAAACAUCGAGGGUCUCAUGACCGAACAGUCCCUCAGCCUCGAUGAUGCAGCUUCCAAGGCUUCCGAGAUUGUGGCGAUGGACGAGAACCCCCCUUCCUAUAACGAGGCCGUCCAGCCGCCUACCGAAAAUGGGGUGGUGAGACCAACAGGCCAGCAACAACUGGACCGCAUUCGGCCCAUGAAGAACCGACCGCUGCAUGCUGGUGACACAUGGUACAUUGUCGGACGCAAAUGGUAUCGGCGUUGGGAUGCUGCGUGCACGGAGCGUCGAGACUCGGACCCUGCCGAAAAGACGGACGUCCCCAUCGGCCCCGUCGACAACUCGGACCUCCUCGACGAAGAAUCGACUCCUUCCUUUGCCCGUCUCCGACCGCGCAUCAACGAGCACGUCGACUACGAGAUGCUUCCUGAAGAGGGCUGGAAUCUGCUCGUCAGCUGGUAUGGAAGCAGCGGUCCGGUCUUCGCGCGAAAGGUCAUCGACGGUCUCAGCCCUGGCCAGGAGAGCGUCGAAUUCUACCCGCCGAUCAUCCGCCUGCUCAAGCUUGUCGAGGACGACAGUGUGCAAGGCUCAGGCGUGCCCUCUUUCAGCUUGUCCGUCAGCACGAGUCUCUCCGAGCUCAAGGCCAAAGCCAAGACGGCGUUGAAUCUCGAUUCCGUUGCCGACGUUGAUAUCCGAUUCUACCACUUUCCCGAACCCACGGACAAAGAGCUACUUACUGGGCUCGUCAGUCUAGCCAGGGUUGGGGACGAGGGCGUCGAUACCAUUGAUGCACGCGAAGACAAGCCGGAUAGCUACCGACCCAAUGUCUCACUCAAAUCGGUUGGUGUAGACGAGAUCGAGAUGAACUUGGUCGUCGAGACUCGCCAAUCAGGACGUUGGCAGACGGAUCCCGCCCCGGCAGAGACCUCGGCGACUUCGGUCAAGGGCAUCUUUGCUCAGCAAGGUGACUUUUUCAGCAAUCUGCAACAAAACAGUCUCAGUGCCUCAACAAGCGCCAGCGGAGCGUCAGCUAACGCUGUGGAUGCUCAGGGUCGAGUGACCCGCUCGCAGACGGCCGCCGAUCGCACCAUGGGCCGAUCACGGGGGCUGCGCGGCCUCAACAAUCUUGGUAACACCUGCUUCAUGAACAGUGCGCUGCAGUGCCUCAGCAACACCUAUGAGUUGCAGCAGUACUUUGUUUCCGGUGCCUACAAGGAGGAGCUCAACACGGACAACCCGCUGGGGAUGGGGGGUGCCAUUGCCGAUGCUUUUGGCAAUCUCGUCUCCAACAUUUGGAAUGGGCAAGGUGGCUCCUUCUGGCCGCGCGAGUUCAAGUUUGCGCUCUCUCGCUUUGCACCGCAAUUUAGCGGGUAUGCGCAGCACGACAGCCAGGAGCUUCUGGCGUUCCUUCUGGAUGGCCUGCACGAGGACCUCAACCGUAUCCUCAAGAAGCCCUACAUCGAGGCACCCGAUUGGGAGGGAGGCGACGAGAGGGACCUCGUAGCUUUUGCCAAACGACAGUGGGACAUUUACAAGGCGCGAAACGACUCGGUGAUUGUCGAUCUGUUCCAAGGCCAAUACCGCAGCACCCUGGUCUGCCCCGAGUGCGGCAAGGUCUCGAUCAAGUUUGAUCCGUUCAUGUACCUCACCCUGCCCAUCCCCAACAAGAAGAUGUGGCGGGGGCAGGUCUACUUUGUUCCCUUGGACCCGAGCAAGCCCAUGCACAAGUUCCAAGUGCAACUGCCUGCGGGCACUACGGUGGGCAAAUUGCGACAAAAGGUGGCGGCGCAAUUCGGCCUUGAGGCCAAGCGGUUGGUGUGUGGAGAGGUAUGGCACCAUCGCAUCUACAAGUGGAUCGAUGAUUACGAACCACUCAUCGACAUCAAGGAAGGCGACUUUGUCUACUUUUAUGAAGUGCCAGGCCCUCCCCGCCUCUCGAGGCAGCGACACUAUCGCUACCACCGCACGGUCGAGGACGCAGAGGAGGCAUUGGACAUCAAGGACGAGGAGUAUGCGAUUCUGCCGGUCUUUGCCAACGUUGCGAGCGAUGUAUUUGGAGCGUCGUCGAGCCAAGCGUUUGUCAGCCGUCGCGCCCGUUCGGAUGCCAUUGGUAUUCCUUUCUUCAUCUCUGUUCCUAAAGCGGAUGUCAACGAUGUCGAUGUGAUCCGCAAGCACGUCGUGGAAGGCUUUACGCGCUUUUCGUCUCAUUCGGACGAGCUUCGCAAGGUUGUCGAGCAUGGUGAACGUUCCACCGCCACUGCUGGCGCUUCGGAGGAGACGCAAGCCGCGUCGCAGAUCUCGGACUGGGAAAUGGUGGACGACUCGGCUCCUGGCAAUGAUGCAGUCGAAGUUGUGGGGCCCAGCUCGUUGGGCGACAGCGAUGUGAUCACCGAGAUUCGCGAAGACGGCGAAGCAGUGGUGGUGCCUGAUGUAAGCACGUCUUCGUCGCAGACGGACACGGAUGCUCUUGCCUCAUCGGCCACCUCUGUCUCUGGAUCCAAGGCUGCAACUCCCGCUGAAAGAGCCUUGCGCAUCCGCUUUAGCGUCGCAGAGGCAGGUCAGGGGCUACCCAAAGGAAGCGAAAGCAAUGCAGACCAGCUUUCCGAAGAGCUCGAAGAGCGUCAAGCCCGUCUCGCUAAGCGAAACACACCCAUCGUCUCGUCUAAGGAAGCAUCGUCGAAGGACGAGGCGGAUGAAGUGGAUGCGGAUGGCGGCAACGAAUCUAAGAAUGCGGCGCCAUCCAAAGUGAUUCCUCUUGUCUACACCGGCGGUGCUGUCGUGUGCACGUGGUCUCACUCCGUCAAGGAGCGUGGCCUGCUCAUCGAAUCCGACUCAGCGCAGCUGUGGGGCGAGUACGAUGAAGUGGUGGACGAGGCGAUCCGUCAGCGCGAGAAUGCUGGAUCAGCGCGCGCCAAGACGCUAUCGAUCGAAGACUGCAUGGACGAAUUCACCAGAGAAGAGCAGCUGGGCGAGGACGACCCGUGGUAUUGCCCGUCGUGCAAGGAGUUCCGUCAGGCCACCAAGAAGUUCGACCUUUGGAAGGCACCGGACAUCUUGGUGGUGCAUCUGAAGCGUUUCAGCGCAGGAAGGCAUUCGCGCGACAAGCUCAACAUGCUGGUUGACUUCCCCUUAGAAGGGCUAGAUCUGACCGAUCGCGUCGAGGGUACCCAGGCGCUGCGAAGGGUGCAGGAGGAGGCCAAGGAGAGCGGGGAGGAGCUGUCGGAGAGCAUGCUGGGCUCGGGCAUUCUGCGGCCUUUGGAGGACAACGACGAUGCGGUCGCCGUCGAUCGUCCCAUCUACGAUCUUUACGCGGUCGACAACCACUUUGGCGGCCUCGGCGGAGGACACUAUACUGCAUUUGCAAAGAGCCCUGCGGAUGGAAAAUGGUACGAAUUUGACGACUCGAGCGUGCGACCCGUGGCCAAUCCCGAGACGGUCAAGAGUUCGUCGGCGUACCUGCUCUUCUACCGUCGCAGGACCACUCGACCGAUCGGCGGGAAAUCGCGGCAAAAGUUCCAAGAGGCUGCCAAGACCAAGGCGAUCACCACGGAGCAGCCGUUUGCUGGAGAGGGUGGAGCAUCCGAGUCGGAGCGCAACAAGGCUGCAGGCGAGUAUUCGAGCGAUUCUUCAAGCGACGACACGCCCGACUGGUCGCUCAACAUGCGCAGUGGGGUCGAUGACAGUCUGAUCGAGCCGGCGACCGGUUGGUCGAGUACGGGCAACUCGCCAGCUUCGUCGAGUCGUGCUGACAGCCCGAUUAGCGAUCGCGGUCUUGACUCGCCCUAA